ACCUGGCUCUUCUUUUUCUUUAGAGGCAUUUAACUGUGAGUUUAUGGAGGCUGCAGUCGUGGAAAAUGAAGAUCUCCUCUGUGGUCUUCGCUCUCCUGACUCGAGCACUGCUUGGAGAUUUGUGUUUGGCCAUCAACGUCACCAUCACCCCUUCCCCCUUCACGGUGGCCCAGGAGGGUCAAAAUGUCACACUCUCCUGCGUUGUGUCCCAGCGGCGCCGCAAUGCUGCUUUACCAGUGGUGAAGUGGACCUUCCUGCCGGAGGGCACGGACCGGCCGGAGGAUGAACUCCUCAUCGCCCGGGUCAACAUGAGGAAGGCCCGUUUCUAUGGUAACUACACCAAGAGUUUCCCGUGGCCCAAACUGAAGCUGACGGUGGUGAAGCAGGGGAAGAUAUUUGACUUGGUCAUCUUGAACGUGUCUGAGGGGGACCGGGGGCUCUACAUGUGUCGGGUGCAGGAGUUUAGAAAGAACCAGGACCGCUGGAAGGCCUCAUCCAACUGCACCGCCGCUACUGAGCUCAGAGUUCAUGUCCUACCGGUCACCAAGGCCAAAGAAAGCUUGUGGAGUUUGUUUGAAGAUGUGUAUCUGUGUGCAGUACUGAUCUGCUCAGUGGGUUUGCUGUGUAUGUGCAUGUUCACAGUGACAGUAACCUGCCAGUACAUACAGAGGAAGCAGAGGUUAAAAGAUAAUUACCUUUUGGUCAAAAGCCCUCAGAACAGCUCAGGAGAGACAGUCACCAGUGUGUUCAAUGUGUCUCCGGCUCUGCCUAAAAAGGAGAGGAGGUACAGGAAGAAAAGGAGCAGAGACUACCAAGAGGAGAUACCACCAGAGAUCCCAGCAAAAGCUCCCAUUGGAGACAAAACACGGAAACCCAAACUUUUAAAACCACAACCAAGGAAAGUAGUGUUGCCGAAGAUAGUGGAGGAGAAUCUGACCUACGCAGAGCUGGAUCUGGUGAAGCCAAUCCCGGAAACCAAGGCGUCGUGUAGCGGCACUGUGUAUGCUCAGAUACUGUUUGGGGAGCAGCAGCUAUGAGAUAAACACCACUAAUACCUGUGCCUUAUGUAAAAAGUAUUGUCUAUUUAUAGUCUGUAUUAUUUUGUACUCAAAUGCGUUGUGAAGGGCAAAAUGUGUAAUGUCUCACAAUUAUGACAUAAUUGUACAUAUGAUUUUCUAUGUUCUUUGUUAUGACUUCCUUUUAUGAGACCAAGAUGCACAAGAAAAAUGUUUUGUAUACUGGGGUAUUUCAUGUAGAAUGUUUCUUUUGCACCUGUGUUUGAAUCCUGUGUAGCUUAAACUGGGAACACAUUAGAAAACUGUGCUGAUGUAGAACAGAUUUGUCCAUGGUGCCGAUUGGAGGGGAGAUUGAAGAUUUGAAUUUGCAGGCUAAUCGGAGCCCUCCCGUUUACAUCAAACAGGUUGCAAUCCAACAUCAGCCAAUUAAAUCCCUGUGGCGCGUGGUUAUCACAGACAUUAAGAGUCAAGUUUACUCCUGGGUGACGUGAAGAAAGAUAUUGCUUUGCUACUAUCAAAUAGGAAUAAUUCUGCUUCUAAACUAAUUAACAAGACAUUUUAGGGAAUGCUUAUUCGCUUUCUUGCAGAAAGGUUAGAUAAGGCAGUUUUAACUGCUCUGAUGUCUGUGCGUUAAGUAUCGGGAACCAGGAGGUGAUAAGCUUAGCUUAGCAUAAAGAGUGGAAGCUUGGGAAAACAGCUGCCCUGACUUUAGCUAGCUUGUUGGCUAACCUGAUGAGGGAAAUAGGUGCUGUGUGAACUUGAAGAACCCCGCCAGGUUGAUGUUUUCAAUUAAAAGCAAAUAUGUACAGAAACUCCCUCGACCACAAAUUGUUCUAUUUUACAUCACUGUAUGAGUAUGGAUAAAACAAAUGAUACAAUGUGUUUAUUAGUUAGCUUUAGAGGUGUGUUUUCAACUUUAAAAAAAAUGAGGCUAGCUGUUUAUCCCUUGCUCCCAAGCUAAGCUAAUCGCCUCACGGAUCUAGCCUCAUGCUUAAUUUAACGACAUGUUAUUGUUUUCUCCUCUCAGCUAGUUCCCAAAAUGUUGGCAUUUUCAUUCCAGUAGCCUACACAAAUGAUGUAUUGAAAUACAUGAAGGCUCGAAAGAAGUCAAGUGUUAGCCUAUACACUGAUUCCUGCAAUAAUCUUAAAUCUUUACACAUCUCUUAUGUAAGUUAAACUCAAUUGUGGGAAACCCCAUCUAGAGUAAACAGUUUUUCGAAGGAGAUACAAAGUCAAUUUAAGACAUCCGUUGUUAUGGGUGUGAACCAAUGCAGUUUCAAAUGUGAUUCACAUCUACUGUGUUCCCAGUGUUAUCUGCCUCACAAGUUCAGUGUGUUUCUGUGUGUCAGAAUGCCGUUUAUAAUGACCACAACUCCAAAGAGUUGAUAUUAAAGUAGCAAUUAGCCCCCCAACCUCCCCCAUAGGAAGUACUUAGACCUGCUAGCUGUUUCAUCUGGUGCCAAUAUCAACUUAACAGGCUGUUAGCGACACACAUACAUGUACAUACAUAGGUGGAGUUACAUUUAGGUUAAACAUCCUUGUAUGCAUGGCACAAAGGCAUAUAUACUUUAAAUCCAUAAGGCUGCAAACUAUUUUACACCUGAUUUACAAACAGGGACUAACUUAAAUCCUGUGUCUGGACAAUUUCACUUUAGUGCCUUAAGUCUUAGUGUACUUUAAAUCUGACGGUGAUUUUUGUUGUUUGAAGCCAUAUCGGCUAUAAUCCCACAUACCUUCGUACGGUCUCCUUGCUUUCUCACUUUCCGUGAAUCUGAGCGUGAAAUUGCUUAAGCCUCUUUUUUUCCAUUUAAUGAUCCUCUGGAUUCAGACAUGGAAAAGCAAAGGAGAGUUUUUCAAACAGUGAACUUGAAACCCAGACACAAUGGCACCAGAUCCCUCCCUUCCCCCUCAAGACUUCCACUAUCUAAUGUGGAGUUAUCCUUGCAGAUGGAGCCCUUGACAAAUGCAAGACUCACUUUACGCUGCAUGCCUGCUGAAGUUCAUGAUUUGGACCUUUUUCUUCAAACAUUUGUUAAACAAGCAAUUUAGUUAGAGAUUAUUAAGUUACUUGAGUAAAAUUAUUUGACAAGUUCAAGUACUAACUUAUAUGUGGUAUAUGUAGAGUUAGGGAUUUUACUAUGUAGCACCUAUGGUUAGCUAGCUAACAGCUGAUAUACACAUGACAUUUAUUAGAUUUAUGUGAUAAAAGAGUCUCCAGUCACAAAAAGACAGAAGUUAUCCAUGUCUGUUAGAAAAUGCAGAAAAAGUCAAAUAGUGUGUUUUAGCCUCAAUCAGCACUUAAUCUGACUUCCAAUAUGGCUGCCAGCCAGGUAACACUCGUAAACUCCCAAUAAAUACAGUACAGGACCGCACAUUUAUAACCCCUUUUUAAAGCAGGCUGGUGGUUGUGGAUUUUGACAUUCUCUGUUCCCCUGCCUAUAUGUUAGAUUUCAAUUCAAACCACUAUCGACCUCCAGUUGUGACCAUUCCAAUUUUCCACUGUUGUUCUCUUAUGUAUGUAUCUCAUUUGCACAGUGUGUAUUAUCCAUAUAUGAAAUGACCGAGAGCGACCUUUCAGUGGCGGGCAGAAGUGUCUUAAAAAUGCCCUUAGACUGUGAAAUGUAAAGUUUCUUCCAGACCACAUUGUCCUUAAUGGGAGUCCACUAACUAGAACCAUGUGUGUGAAUUGUGCCUCUCCCUCUCUCCUUUCCCUCUCCCUGCCGACCACUGACCUUUACAUUCAUCAACAUUCCUGCAUUUCUUCUCUUGUUCGUUUUGUACAUUUCAUCUGUACAGUUUGUAUUGGUAAGUGAAAUAAAUGUAU